AAUUGUCGUCAUUUUUAUUUACAAUUUUACCAUUAAUUUUUCUCUUAAAAUUUAGUGACUAUUAUAUUAGUUCGUUUCUUAUUCUAAAGAUAAUUAAUUGUAUGCAACAUUGAAUGAGCUUCGAAGUGGAUCGGUACCCGUCUGCGUGGGCACACAUCGCCCUAUGUGCGGAUCUCACAUGGGCUACGGAACCUCCCGAUGAAUUCAUUAUAGCAAAUCAGCGCCUUUGGGCACAGCACUGUCGUGUUUCCCAGGCUCUACAAGACGUAACAAUUGAAUCUCACAACUUACAGACAAGUAAUCAAUGCGAAUUAACAGAAAAACGAUCAAGUUCGAGUCCGAUCCAAGAAAAUGGAAGUUGUAGCGGCAGAAGAAGUGUAAAAGACGUAAUACCGGAGUCUAGACUGGCACAAUAUUAUGGAAAUUUCUAUUACGAUGAAGUCAGAGAGAAAUGUUACACGAACGCGAGUGAUAAAACCAAUGGACGUGGCUACAGCGGGCAGGGAUGCGAAAAUUCCGAUCUCACAGAAUGUUGGAUGCUACCAGAGGUGGAGUACUGGUUCCGCAAGCUGGUAGACGAGCCAUCGGACCGCAACCUGUUCCCGCGCCGCCGCCGGCAGUACCGCGUGCUGGCCGACGACGAUUUCGAGCGCUGGGGCCUGACCGGCGCGAGGGCCGCGGGCGAGGAGGCGGCUCUGGCCGCGCGCGUUCUGAGCGUGCGCGCGCUGUGGGCGCCGUCGGGCUCGCCGCCCGCGCCCGCGCCCCCGCCGCGCACCCCCUCGCCGCCACCCGUCCCGCGCAAGAUGCGCGCGCGCCGGCGCCAGCCGCGUCGCCUGCAAGCGCUGGCGCCGCCGCCCCCCGCCUACUGCCUCGACGCGCCCACCCAGCUCUUCUGCGACCCCACGUGCAAGUUCCAGUUCGAGGCGCCGCGGCCGCCGCAGCUGACGGAGUGCCAGCGCGCGAUGGGUCGGCUGUCGGCCAGCGUGCAGGCGGUGAUGCGCGCGUCGGCGGCGCGCUGCCCGCCGUACCGCGGCACGAACGUGAGCCGCUACGCGCCCACGGCGCACUCGGCGCGGCCCGCGGCGGCGCUGGCGCGGCCCGAGCGCCGCUACGUGUGGUGGCCGCGCGAUCCGCCCUCCGCGCCGCGCCUGGACCACCGCUUCCACCUGACGCACGUGCCCGCGCCCGCCGCGCCCGUGCCACCGCCCACCGACGCGCCCCCACCUGCGCCCCCCGCGGAGCCCAAGGAAGCCCUGAAGCCCGACGCACCCAAAGACGCCCCGGCUCCCUUGGCCGAGCCGGCCCCGCCGCCCGCUGCCGAACGGCAGCCGUCGCCGCCGCCCGACGAACCCGAGGCGGAGAGUCCGCCGCAGCAGAAGGAGAAAGUGGUCACGGACGGGCAGCUGCCGUCAACGAGCGCGGCCCCCGUGGAUACGGGCCUCCGGAAAAAGCGAUUGUACAGCACGGUGCUGAGCAUGAGCGCGCCGUCGCCGAUCAAUCUGGCGCCGGUAGGAUGCGUGCGCCUCUCGCAGAAGCUAGUCACGCCGGGAUUGUUAAAGCUGAACUCUAAAAUCGUGUUACCGGGGGCGCGCCUGCGCCCGCCCAAUGUGGACAACAAGUUUGAAGAACUCGAAAAGGAGGCUCUCGAGCAGUACAAGGCCUCCGAUGAGAGCAUCGACACCAAGUUCCGCGAACUGGAGAAGCAGGCUGUGGAGCAGUACAGCAAUAGCAACAGCAACACCAGCUGUAGCAGCGGCAACUCGGCCGAGAAGCGUUCCUCUACAUCGCCGCCGGCACCCGAUGACGAUCCCAAGAAGAAGCAGCCGGCAAAAUUUCAUAAAGAUAAGGCGGUCGAUAGUGUCGUCAUAUAUUCUCAAAAUUUUCCCGACCUGAACGCUAAGGGACAUACGACGAGUGUCACGAAUUUAAAAAACUUCCACACCCCCCCGAGGGGGGAAAAAAAGGAGCAAACUCAUAGAUCCAACAAGAGUUUACGAACUUUGAAGAACGAGUCCCAGCGGGCGGCGUCUGAUACGGACUACGAUUCGCGCGAGUCGAAGACAAACCACAAGGGGCCGAUGCGGUGGACGCUGCACGUGGUGCCGCCCAAGAAAAGGCACCUCACGCUGUGCGUAUCGGACUUUUCGUCCGACGAGGAGAUGGAGGACGCGAGUGACGCAAUCAAGGCCGCGGGGCCCUGCGGCAAGAACCACGUAACAGGCAAGGUGAAGUUGUCCGCGCAUGGCGGAGGCGACCUGCACCCCCUCAUGAGGAAGACGUAGCAGAUGCACGCGGCGCUCUCGCGGCGUCUCCACAACAACCCAUUGCUACUCGUUUAUUUUUAGUCUUUACACACGCCCGCACCGCUACACCCCGACGAGUGCUGCAGUUAACAAGAAAAUUCUGGCCGGUCACAAGCGAAGCGACUCCUGUGCAGAUUUUAAUCGAGUAAAUUCAGUAGUGUGUGGCUCCAAAAAAAAUAUGGGUAUCAGUGGUGGUUGUGGUGAGGCACUGGGCAUUGGCCACUGGGGCCUAGAAAUGAUCACCGGCGGGCGGUAGCGGGCGCGGGCAAAUUUUGAUAUUGAUAUUGUGAGAGUUUUUGUGAGAUCCGAGUGCUACAGACGUGUAUCGAACAGUGUCGUGACCGGCGUGAUCCGUGUACCGAUAAAGCUGUUUUAGCAAUGUGCUUAUUUUUACUAGUCAUAAAUGCUUUGUAUAUAUAUUUUUGUAUUUUUGACUUUAUGGUAUUGAAUAAGAAAAAUAAUUUCAGUUGGUUUAAAAAACACACUA